GUAUGGUUUACAUUCACCGCAAGUCACGUUGGUCUUUGAUGAAAGAGAUAACGUUUACAGUUUAUAAAAUUGUGCAAAAAAACGACUAAACAGUAAAGGACAAAAAACGAUCAUGUACAAAUGUUAUGAAAAGAUCUCAUAGACGAUGACCGGCCGCGGAAGAGGCAGGGGAACUUUGGCAAGAUGGGAAGCCUCGAAAUCUGCUGGCGAAAAUACUACACGAGUCGGUUCUCCUAUUUCAACGGCGGUAUUCCCUCUUUCACCCAAAGAAAGUUGGGAGGAUGAGAUUAAAAAGAUACAGGAAGACACAACCAGAGAUGAUAGGAUCGUAAGAGUCACGCAUAUUAUCGAUGUGGAAAACUUUUGGGCUCAGAUAGGUAAGCUUAAGUAGACCGUAAAGUUGUACUCAGCUGUGACCUAGGAAGGACAAUCCUGAACAAAAAAUGUCUUUGUAUUCCUAAAAACAAUGUUUGCUUUUGUUUCCCAACCCCUAGACACAACCAGAAAAACUUCCGACUCACAGCUUGAGUUUAGAAUUACAUUUGAUCUCUGUUCACUUUCUUGGGGGGAUGAGCUUAUUGAUCAUGAGUUAACCUUCACUUCUCGGUCAAUUACCUAAUAUAAAGGUAAACGAUGGUUGCAAACCAGUUGUCAACAAAGACGCUCAUCCUGCCUCUUGCUACAAUAAAGCUUUUACUCAGUCAAUUCCAAGUCGGCAGGGACAUUGUAUACCUUCUCUGCCCUAGUGAUUUCAAUUAGAGACCAGCAGGUACCUGCCAGAAUGUAAUGGCAACCCAUGUUAGCUUGUUUCAAUGCUUACUUCAAAAGUUAUUGAAACUCCUGAAGUGCCCUAUCCUACUGUAAGAUCACUAACUUUCCAUUUCCCAGCCCUGUGAUAGAGAAAGCGAUCAGGACCCUCAGUGCUUUCUUUUUAAAGUUGAAUAACAAAUGUUUUAUGUUGUAUUAGCUGAUAUGGAAGAGUAGACAUAAUAAAAUUGGGAAGCUCAUAGAACAGUGUACUGUGAAUUUUGUUUUUGUAUUUACUCUGGUAUUUUCACAUUAAAGUACACUGUACUACUUUGAAGCUUAAAUGAAAUGUUUUUUAAAUAGCAAGUAGAACUCUUAAUGAGAAUCUUCACAGAUAUUAUACCUCCUGCACAUUCCCCCCCCCCCCCGUCCUCCACAAAUGGCUGCUGAGAAUCAAACCUAAUUCCUUUACUUUUGUGCUUGUGGUCUAACGAAUACACCAACCAGUUAUACGUGAGCCGCAGAGCUAUCAAAACAUCAAAUAAGGAGUAGUUAUUUCAUUUAUUUUAUUUUAAUUUUCAGGCAGUUUAAAUGAGUUGAAACAGUUUGACACUUACAUGACAGCAUUAAAUUCAUGGUGCAAUGAACAAGAACAUUCUGGUGUUCAACAAGCUCCUGUACCUGGCCAGCCUGUGUGCGUCAGACAUACAGAGACUUCUCAGUGGAGGAGAGCUCAGAUUGCUAGACUUAGCAACAAGUAAGUGACUUUGCAAUUUUAAUUUUGAUCUCCUUUGAAAAAAUUGGCUGUGAUGGAUUUUAUUAUUCUAAGGAAGGUUAAUUUCCUAUUUAAAUUCUUGAGGUAGUGCAUUUUUUAUAUGGACAGGUCAUAUUCCAUUUCAGUCUAAAAUAUGGCUAGGCUGAUUCUUAAUUUCCUUUUUCCCCUUGGGAUAUAAGACAAAGGAUGAAAUCCAACCAAGAUUAAAUCAAAAGUAUUGAUUUGUCUGUAACGUACAGUGUUACUUGUAUCUAUUCAAAAUGAAGUGAAAAUCACAAUCAGUUCCUUGCAGUUUUUGAAGGUGACACUUUUACACGCAAAGAGGAAAUAUGAAAAGCAGCCAUUCAGACCAUUCAUGUUGUCAUGGUUGUACUGUAACCAGGCAAAAUCACUUACAAAGUAAAUUUGAUAAGAAAACUGUAGGAGAAUACUUUUUAUUUUCUUUGCAUGGUAUUAAUGUACUGUUGCGGUUUCGUUUUUUACAAGCGUGGUGGAUGUAAUUUACUUGGAUUAUGGCCAGUCAGAGUGUGUACCUUUAAACAAGCUCUGUUCCUCCACACCUGGGGAUAUAAUGUCUCGUCGGCCAAUGGCACAGUAUGUUAAUCUGGAAGGUGUUCACCCUGUAAGUCAAACUACAUUUGUCAUUCAGUUAAACAAAAGAAACUGUUUAUAUUAACAACAAUGUUAUGACACUUGAACAAAGUUAGGUGCUGUUAGCUUUGCAGCCCCUUUUGUGCCAUAAACAGAAGGAGUCAACUUGAGAUCCACCGUGCUCAAAGAAAAAACUUCAAUUCCAGCUUUUCCUUUGGGCAAGCAGUUCUCAUGUUUUACACGCCCAGGACAACUACUUGCUUGUCUUAGUUAUAAUGAUUUUGUUAGAUAAUGACUUGCCUGGACCCUAAUAGUUCAAAGUGACUUGCCCAGCAGCAAAACCUACUUGUCCUUGCCUACGGGAGGGGACAUUUUUGCCAAGUUCAAGCAUCACCUUAGCCUCUGGCUAAAUUUGUUUUUGAUAGUCCUGGGUUCAACUCAGGACUCCACAUUGCUGGUUAUAAAGGCAGGAACUGCUUCCAGCCAGAUCAGAUUCUUUGAGUGUGUUACAACUUGUUUGUUUAUUUUAAUAUCAUUUGUUCCUGUCCCUAUUAAUUUUGUGCGCCACAAUGUAAACUACUGAGGAUGUACAAUAAUGUGUAUAGCAUUGGAUUCGUUUUAGGGUGGGACAUUUUAAUCUGAUCUGACCCAUGUACACUCUGACCUCUUGCCUCUACAGUAGUUCAUUCCCACUGUAAAAAAGGAACUCUUUACAGAGUUACACAAAAAUGUUCCCCUGACAUGCCUGCUGGCCAGGCAGUACUGGCCCAAUCAUUAUACACUGUAUCAAGUACAUACAUAUUAAUUUAUAAAUCUGUGUGAUAUGGCCUCAGUCACUCAUUCUUUCUUAUCAUUUUUAUGACAUUUAUUGUUUUGUUGAAAGGUUGGCGAACAUUGGUCUACUCAAGCCAAUAAAAGGUUCAGGGAGCUUGUUUCAUCAAGCAACAAACUUAGAAUACAUUUUUCAGAUGGUAUUAGAGGGAAACUGUAUAUAAGGUUAGUUAAGUUAAAAGUGAGAUGAAAAAGAAUUACGUAAAGAGUAUGGAUGGUAUGACUGUUUCUUUAAAUGAAAAGCAGGCGUUGGAAAAAACUUGAAUUCCAGAUUGUUCUCAGAGUACAGUGUAGGACAAACUUUUGAACCCCUUUCUUAACUUAUAAAAUGUCUUACCAUGCACAUGGUAUGUGAGCAUGAAAAGUUACUGAAUGCCCAGUGGGAAAAUCUUGUCCCGAAUGACUGGAUGGGACUUUCAAGCCCUGAAUAUUACCCUAUAUUAUCACUAUUGCAGUUAUGAAUGUCAUGCACACUUUCAUUUGCUCAUGGGUUAGUGACCUGGCAUUUUUAUUUGGUAGCCAUAUGCUUCUACUUUGUAACACACUCAAUCCUGCACCUACAGCCAUACAUGUACAUGUAAGGUAUGAAUUUUGGCCCCAAAGGAAAUGAGAGAUGAAACACAAUUAAAUUUAUAUGUGAAAUAUCUCACCUGGCAUAGAUUUAGCUCUUCCAGUGAGUACAUGUAUGUGUAGGACUUUCUUACCUUUUCGACAAUGACAUGGUUUUUUUCCUCAUGCAGAGACAGCAAUGGACGAGAAAGUUCAGUUGGUGACAUCCUAAUUUCUGAAGGCCUUGCUCAGGUACUUACAGUGCAUGAAACAGCUAAAAUACAAGCGCGCGCAUGAUGGCCCAUAUUGUUCAAUUACUUAAGCAUGCGUGACAUGUACUGUCCUAUGUUGUAAAGAGAUAGUGUACAAAAGCCAGAUAAAAGUGGAGCUUUUUUGCUCAUUCUUGCUAGUAUAGUAAGCGUAAUAAUAUUAUAUCCUGCAUCUUCAAAAAGCAAUUCUCCUGUAAGCAUCUUACAGGGACGGAUCUUGGGGGAGGGUGCAGCGGUGCCCCCCCCUGAUAUGACCUGCGGUUUUCUAAUACAACUGGCAUUCUGCAAAAAAAAAAAACUACGUGGUUUAUUGGUGUUAAAGUAGAGCAAGAGACAAGUGCACCCCCUCCUAAAAAAAAUCCUGGACCCGCCCCUGUCUUAAGAUUCGUAACAGGAGCAGAGCUAUAUAAAGCUUGUACAUGGAAGGUUUAUUUCAGAAGCAAAUAUAAUUUGGUAAAUCAUUGGGUAAAGUUACUUGCACAGAGGCCUCAUGAUGAGCUUCUCAUCCACUUGAAGGUUCUGCAGCAUGUUAAUUCAUAUAUUCACAAGGGCUGUCAUUAAGGGACUUGGGGCUGGGAAUUUCCCUAGUUGGUUGAACAUGACCCCUGGCUUCUAAUGUAGAAAAACAGAAAAACAGGUUCUCUACCUACUCGUUGUAUUUACGCGGCAACUUAAAAAAUCUUAGAUCACAAGACCAGGGCUGCGUAAAGAAGACCUCUAUGGUUGCUGGUAAUUAUGGUAGAUUUUAACACUAUCCUCUGGAAAAUUAUGUGAAUCGAUUUUCUCUAUAAUUCAGGGUUCUGUUGAUGCAGGAGCUGGUUCAGGAUCUUGGGGAAAAGAGAGCAGUUACAAAGAAAAGUAAGUAAUGUGUUUACUUCUAGCAAAUGCUCUCCUAGUGACAUCCUUGCCAUAUAUAAUGAAUAGGGACCUUAUGAUCUUAUAAUGUGAUGCGAAUGAAAACAUGACUGAAAAACCAUCUUUUCAUCCUUUCAAACUUUCUCUCAAUAAUUUAGUCUUUUAAAAGAUUGGAAAUUAAGCUGGAGUUGAAGAAAGAGAGGACCAUGUAUGGUAAAAUUUGUUACCUUUUGAAUUAUGUUCUCAAGGGAACUUAAAAUUUCAUGUUGUACAUGUUACAGAUGUGCAGGGGUGACAAAGAAAUUGACAAACAAGCAUGAUUCAUGUGCAGAGCUGUUGUUGUUUUGCUUAUUACACCUGUGGGGUUAUUGACAUAGAGAAUAACAACAAUAGAGAAAUAAGGGGAGGGGGGAAAGAAGUUGAUCAAGGUUGAAUGAGGGUACUGCUUAUUUCAAGGACACAAAGUUUAAUCUGAGUGAUAGCCGUGUUUGUUAUUGUAGGUUAUUUCAUUCUGAGGAACCUAAGAGUUUAGACCAGCAGUGGGAGUCACUCACAUUCCAUCCAACACCAUCACAGCAACCAUCAUGGAUAACAAAUAGCACAUCUACUACAGACCAACUUAGCAUGAAAAGAAAUGCUCUCAGUGGCUCAUUGCUUUCAUCUAAGGAGCAAUCUCUGCAAGGAGGGUCAUCAUAUUUUGAGAACGCUGUUGAUUCAAGACGAGAUUCAAAUGAUAUUUCAUUGAACAACGUCCCCCUGCCACCAAGUCCAGACAUGUUUGCACAGAGUAAGGAAAGUGAUCACCUAGAAACUUUCAAUCUCAAAAGAGCUGAUUCUGGACCUGUUGAAGCAUUACGUGUUGCCAGGCCUCAUCUGGCAAGUCCAAAUGAAUUUCUAAGCCAUUCCAAAGGGCAGGAUUCUGGAAUUUCAAGCGGUAAGACAGCUGUUCUUGUUUGCAGUGAUGCAUACUUAAAUGCAGGAUUACAAAGUUAAAAAACCUGAUGUCUCCCUGGUCAUUCUUCAAAUUUUAAGGAGUUUUAAAUAAGCACCCACACUCUCUGUUAAGCUCCCACCCCUCCCUGUCAUCCCCCACCCCUUCCUGCCGUGUCCACUGGCUGUAAAACCAAGGUGCCCUAGGGAGGAGGAGGGGGGGAUCAGAGUGUUUUAUAGUAGUAAAUGUUCAUUUAUCCUCAUUUUUGUUUUUCAUUUGUUACUCACUCAGUGUCAAAGGCAGAGAUGCCAUCCAAGUAUCAGCCAGCUCAUGUUAGAAAUGCUUGGGCAAAGACAAGCAAUACAGCUACUAUGAACUCAGAACCCAAGUUAGACAAGUAUUCUUCAUUACCGCAAAGUAAUUCACUUCUUCAGCAACAUGAUCAACCGCAUCCACCAUUUUCUAACUUUGCCUUCAGCCCCAAAAUAGGGCGGAGUCACAUAGCUGCUCAGUUUCAAACUAAACAAGCAAAAACGGAAGAUCAAUCUUUAAACUCACAGCCUUUGCAGAAACAAACCUUACAGUUUCAACAACCAGAAUUUCUCAAACAGCAACCAUUACAUGAAAAUACAAGGGAUAAGACAAUAAAAGCAGAGCUUGACUGGAAAAUCUGGAAGUUUCAACGGAAUGUAAAGAAAGUGUUAGACAGAAUUGUAGAAGACAGUUCAAAAGACUACUCACAUGACUUUGAGAAAAUUAUUGCUGACAGCAGAUUGUCACAAGAUUUUCAAGGAAUUUCAGAGGUGUCGGUAAUCUUGAAAUUACUGCUUGAAACAGUGAUGGAUGGAAACAAGUAUGGCAGUGUCGCUGUGAGCGUUUGUACAAUGUUUAGAGGUAUUUCGUCAAUUUUUUUUUUCAGAUUUUAAAGUAAUAUUGGGUUUGAGAUAAAUAAUAAUAGUAGUUAUUAAAAAUAAUAUUAAUAAUGCAGACAAUGUUUGAAAAACAGACUAGAUUCUAUUGUGAUCUUGAGUCUGUUUACUUUCCUGUUGAAGUGUGCAUGGUCACACCUAAACUGUCUAUCCUGACAGGAGCUCAACAAAGAUUCUGAUCCACGAGUUUGUUAGCUCCAAAUUGGACCACUGCAACUCAUUACUUUAUGGAUGACCUGCUUAUAUUAAAAAUUGAACAGAUUACAUCACUUCAAAAUACUGCUGCUAGAAUUGUUACUUAAAUUCGGAAAUUUCAUAAUAUUUCAUUGGUUCUGUAGUCUUCAUCGGUUACCGAUAAAUGGCAGAAUUAUAUUUAAGAUUUUAUUACUUGUGUACAAAAGACUUAAUGAUCAAUCGCCUUCUUGCAUCUCAGAAUUGCUUACAGCAGUAAUGACACGACUUUUUCUAGAUCACUUACAUGUAGGUCUGCUGUGCAGAAUUAUCUUGAGGUUGGUAAGACCAACACUGCAUGUAAAUCGUAUGGUGAUUGGCCUUUUUCCGUCAUAGGCCCAAAGCUCUGGAAUGACCUUCCCUUGGAGGUCAGACAGUCUGCAAACAUAAAUGCCUUUAAGAGGGCUCUGAAAGACACACUUAUUUAAACAAGCCCACAAAUUCAAUUAGUAGUAUUUCUUUUUUGAUUAUUGGAACAUUUUAGAGUAUUAUUUUAUGAUUGUUAGUACAUUUUAAAGUAUUCCAUUUAGAGUAUUUGAAAUAUUAGUAGUAGGUUAAUCAUAAUGGCUUUGAUAACUGCACAUUUCGAACUCUUGUAAGGAAUAGUCUAGUUAUUGUAUACAUGUAUCUUUAAUCUUGUUAUACAUAUUGAUAUUAGGCAUUUUUAAGCACUUAGGGCAUAUUAUUGAUUAAGCGCUAUACAAAAAAAGUUUUUAUUUAGUAUUACCGGUAUUAUUAGUAAUGGUAACAGGACUGAGUGGAGUCCAAUUCGGUCUGUAAUCAUACGAGUGAUUAACAAAAUCGGACGACCGCGUAGCGGGAGUCCGAUUUGUUUAAUCAUGAGUAUGAUUACGGACCGAAUUGGACGACACGAAGUUCUGUUACCAAUUAAUCAUAACUGUAACAAAAUUUGUGAUAUAAUAGGCUAUUUUUUAAAUCAAAACACAAGAAAUUCGAAAUUUUGUUUUGCUAGCAGUGAAAAAAAAGCGUGAUGGCGCGUACUGUCCAAUUACUAAGGCAUGACGCGUACUGUCCUAUUAAACUGUCCAAUUAAGGCUGAAAUCAGGGCAGCUGAUAGCCAAUCAGAUUUGACAAUUUUGUCAUAGUUAUGAUUAUUAUCAUUAUUAUUAUUAUUAUUAAACUAGCAGUGUCGCAUUUUUCAUGUUUGCUAAUCAUUUUGUAUGGUUUUUUUUCCGGCUUCCUUAUAAGACAUGUGUAUUCCUGAGUUUGGAGACUUUCUCAACAAAGAAGUAACACAAUGUCAAGAUGAUUUAAUGGAGGUAUUAAUAGAAAAAUACAAAACAAAACGGGAAUUUUAAAUGGUCAAUCAAUGAUCACCCCUUCUUUAUACACUUAAUUACUACCAGUAAGUGUUAGAAUGAUACAUUAGGGAUUUAGCAGUGACGGUUUUAUUUUACAGUCAACUCCCUUAAUAGCGGACACUGUACGGACCUCAAGGUAGUGUCCUCCUUAUCAAGAGUCCAUAAUAACAGGAGUUCAUAUCUUUCAAAUGUCUGCAAUAUAUUUUUGCCUGGAAUUAUCGAUUUAGCUGCUAUCCGUUUUAUUGGGGUGUCCUAAAGGCAAGAGUAGAGUGUAGAACUUUUUUCAAUCUUACUUCGAUAUUAAAAACUGUGGGGCUGUAGGUUUGUCUUGAAUAGGAUUUUCUGCAAGAAAUGUAGGUUUUCACAUUAAGACGUGUAUGAAUAAUAUCACUUUUUUCAUAUUAUUUUUUGGAAAUUGUAUUCUGCAUAAAAUUUAUUAUUUACUUUGUACCAGCCAGUACAUGUAAUUCACCACUUUGUUGCAUUGUUGUACUGUCUGAUGUUUAAUAUUAAUUUUUACAGUGUCAAACAAUUUUUGUGUUGGUUGUUUAGCAAUGCAGUGCAACAGAUUGCCUUGAAAGAUGUAAGAGAUUUUCAUCAUUUCUUGGGAAACUUUAUCUGGAAAUUUUAGGUGACAAGGAUUCUUCAGGGUGAGUAUUAUUACACACACCAUCAGUGACAAAACUAGUUGAGACACUUUGUCCUAAACUGAGGGGCUUUCUUAUGUUUUACCGACUUUAAGAGAAGAAAAUAAAGCUUUCCCUCCCCCCUCCUCUCCAUGCAAUGUUGUGCUGCUGUUUGAGGUACCUGCAGAAAACAACAAACACUCCAACUUUGAAUGGAGCUAGGGGAGGGGGUAGGGGUGUGGAUUGUUUUGUUCUCUGAAGUGACCCUAUUUGAGUACAAUGUGUCAACAAUUUUGUCGCUGACUGCGGGUCGAGUAUUAUGAAAAUUAAAAUCAAUACAGUUUUACAGUUUGUUUGACUUCAUGCUUUCAAAAUCAUCAUUUUGAAUAAAAAAUGCAUGCACCUGUUCUAAAAUAUCCAGCAAGCCAGUAUUGGGAGUGACCUGUGCACCUCUUGUCUCCAUUUCCUUUUAGCCAAGGGGAUUAGAAAUGCGAAAGAUGCAUGAGUAGAGGGCAUUGGGUGGGAACAAACAGAAGAUAAGGAGUGGAGGAGGAGAGGAAAGCAAAUGGAUUGCUGACCACAGACAUUUUAUCAAAUGCUGUUCAGCAUGAACAAACCAUCCUUUCCUUCUCCACCCCUCGAUCCCCGUGUUCCUUAUUUUUUGCUCCCAUAUUGCAUUUCCUCAUUUUUUGCACUUCUCUCACAUUGCUAAAAGAAAAUGGAAAUGACUGCUAUGCAGGCUAAGAAUUGGUAGUUUAAAUACCUGUCCUCCUUCCCAACACCUCUGUUCCUCUCUUUCUCAUCAAGAAGAGAGUGUCUACAACCCCCCUGCUCUGUACUUUGUUGCUCCAGCGUACAUUAAGUUAACAUCUUAUGUCAUUUCCAUGAAAUUUUGCUGUUAGUUUGUAGCUAUAUCAAAAGGAUCAGCUAAAAAUCAUAGCCUUACCAAAUUUUUCAUCCAUGUUUUUUCUAUCAGGGUCCGUAUUACCCUUGUGGAACACCUCUCCUUGUUUAUUGAAAAAGGCUAUUUAAUCAUGUUAUUAGUUUGGAGACAGGUCAUGCCAAACCUGUGUUCUCACUGCUGAUAGCAUGGAGCACUUCCAUGGAAUGUCUCUCUGUUCCAGGCUCUGGGAUAGUGGGGGAAAACGCUAAAGUUAGAGGCACGUGAAAAGUUGGUGGGGCGGGAAAGUUUCCUCUCGUUUUAUUUUUCGCGUUUGCGCUUUCUCAAUUCAGCGGACCUGACUAUCUUGGAGCCUGUAACAGGCUAUGAUACUUUGUGUGUGUGUAUCUGACCCUAUUAAAUGAUUUAUCCCUUUUUUAUGCUACAGGUCUAAAUUCUCAGUGGAUGGCCUUAUAGCCAGCAGUUUACAUAACUGGUUAUCAUUUGACCAGGUAAAGUCAUAUCAGUGAACUAUAAUUAUUAGCCAGCAGUAUUGAUUUUCAGAAGUGGCAGUCAAGUUCAUGCUUAACCACUGUGUUGCUUUCAUUUUAUGUGUAUUCCUUGUAGGCAGAUUCAGUACUUAUUCACAAACUAAAUGCCGCUUGUUUGAAGAGCUUUCUGAUGGUGACAGGACCAACCAUUGACCUCACAGAAGGGUCAGUACGACAGCCUUUUAGGCUUUUUAUUCUCAAAAAAUACAACAUAGUUCACCAUAGUAUUGUGGUAUAAUUUUCUGCAUUUGUUGCAACUGCUCUGUUAGACUUGUCCAUUAUUCUUACUGUUUUAGGCUCUCUUGUUCAAGUAAAUGCUCAAAAGCACGUGCAUGUUGCAGGUUUUGAAGUGUAACCUAAUUAAAGUAGCCCUAAGAAUAAAAUUAAUGUAAUUUAUCAUUGUGAAAAACAGUGUCAAUUUUCUUGGUCUCCUAACCCUAAUAAUUUAUGCAUGAAUAAUUAUUCUAAGGGUUAGAAGACGAAGGAAAAUGCAAAUAAAACUAGAUUAAUUCAAUUUAAUUUUGAACUAACAGACCUUUUAUCUACUGUGUGUGGUUCUCAGGAAUGAGAUCUCCAGGUAUUUUGGAACAAUCCGGGACCUUGUGCUGUCACAAGAUCUAGCUGUGUAAGUCAUGUGCAUUUCAUAGAGAUAAGAUAUAACUUUCUUGGUUUGGUUGGUUGUUUAAUAGCCUGAGAAAACAUUUCGCAAUGCCUCCACUGGCUUCCCCGCAAAAUGAAGUCUGAGAAACGAGCGCAGAAAUUCCGUACUGAUGACGUGUCACUACCCAGAACUGGAUAGUGAUUCUGAUUGGCUGAAGCAAAUUCCCCAAGCGGCACAACCAAUCAGAAGUAUUACCCAGAUCUGGGUAGUGACGUCAGUCAUCAGUAUGGAAUUUCUGUGCUUAUUUCUCAGACGUGAUUUCACUGGGAAACCAGUGAUGGUGUCGCGAAAUGUUUGCUGUUUUCUCAAGCUAUUUUUUUAAAAAUUGACAAUUCUGCCAUGCCAAGCCGUGGGUUCUCGUUUGAAUGAUUGGCGUCCUUCUUUUCACCUCCACAGACCUGUAAAAAGUACUCUGUUGGACAUCUUACUUUUAAGAGCAUCAGGUUGGAAAGUAGAGGAAGACUCAGAUGAGCAGGAAACUGGGAAUGAAUUCACGGAAGGGGAAGUGUUCAUUGAGGAUGACAUGACAGAAGAGCAACAGCCAGAGGCGACUGAAGAGAAUGAUGAGGAUGAAGGUCUAUAUGCUUAAUAAUAAUAAUAAUAAUAAUACGUACUUUGUGUUUGGCGUGCCAAAUGUAGUUUGUUGUAUUCAGUGUCAUAAUAAUGAAUUCAACUGAAUGUAUAUCUGUGUGAUUUUGCUAAAAGGUGCCCGAUAAGUUUUUGCUUGAACAUGGGCACCGCCCGUGUUCAAGCCAGUGUAGCCGGAAAAAAAAACCAGGGGGCUUGCUGUCUUGCUUGGUGUCAGCAGAGAGCCCAGGCCCAGACCUAUCUGUGGGUGGGUGGCUGACUUGUUUUGUGUGAAAACCAGGGGGGUAGGGAGGGGAGAUUUUGUCACUUUGAUUAGAGUUUCAUGUCAGAAAGCAGUGCUAAGUCAGAGAAUUUUUCCUGCGGGCUAGGCCAGCCAAAUCAAUGUGGUGACUCUUAAUCAUAACACUACUAGCCGAGCUUGGGGGAAGUGAUUGACUAGUCAUAAGCUUCAUGGGUGGGGAGGGUGAGUAGUUGCUCCUUGGACUUGGCUGUCUAGAGACUCAGUACAGGCUCCUUGUAUGAAAUCCACACAGAUAAUAUAGCCGAUAUUUUGAAAACGAACCUGGCGAAAUUUGCGGCCAUUUGAAUGAGAAAAGGGUAAAAAAGUUCAAACAUCAGCUUUGAAAAAUCCGGUCCUGAUGUUUUAAGUUUCCAGCCUAAAGAGAAACAAGUAAAAAUGAUCUUCUGUACCUUAAUUUUUUUCAGUGUUUCAGUGUCAGUGCUUAACAUUAUGUUUUUCCUUGCGCGUUUUAGAGUGGGAUCCUUACAGCAAAGUAAAAUCAAUGCUAAAGAAUCUUAAACUUCAGGAUUUGCUGCCCAAAUUUUUUGACAACUGCAUUAGGGUAAGUUUUUUUGCUCUUAAAUAUUGUCUGUCUUGUUUUCUUCUUAAGCUUGAGGAGUGAAAAAUUUCUAGAUGAUUUGUUGUUGUUGCUACUGAUAUCCUCAAUCAUUGCCCUUGACGUGAAACGUUUUACACAGCAAUGACAUCAAGAGUGGCUAAGCUGCUGUGUUAUCAGAUUUUAGAGCUGUUCUGAAAGACCUUAGAUUAAUUGGUUUGUACUAAAAUAAUCAAGUGCUUUUGUUACAAAUAAUCUAUGAUUUUCGCUGGUAAAAACAGUCGAAAUUCUAUUGUGAAAUUUUAGCCCAAGUCGUGGGUGUGGCUCGUUGCCUUUUACAUUAAUGUUUAUUAAAGCAAAGAAACCUUAUGUGUUUUCUACUUUUUUCUCCCAGGACUCUCUUUUAACAGCCGAGUGGGAAGAGCUAAAGAGAACGCUUCAGGUGAGAAUGACUUCGAUUUAUCUACUUCUAGUUAUUUAUCCAGGAUGCGACCCUCUGAAUCUCCAGGCAUUUGAGAUGCUGAAAUAGCCUAGUUCUUCUACUGUCUAGAGUUGCCUAUGUAUUAAUAGUUCUUUACUUUAUGUUUCCCUCAGGAGGCAGGAUUCCCUCCUGGUGUUAUCUUAGAAAUAAGAAUGUAUUUGGAUAAAGGUGAGAUUUGUGCUUUCUGAUAAUUUCCGUUUCAUUUUAAAUAUGAACAGUAAUCGAGGAAACGCGAGGUAUAUAGUAGGAACGUCCUUAAAGGCCUUUUUUUGUCGAUUAUGUAUAUCCUCUUAACUCAACAAGAUAAAAUUGCGAGCUAUUUUCUCGUUCGCUCAUUUUCUACUCAGCUUCCCCUUCGCACUGCGCGCUGACGCUUCUUCCACGUGCUAUUUUCCCGUUUCUUGCUGUUUGUGUUGCGAAAGUAGAGAGUCUUCUCUGACGUAUGUUUUCAUCAUGUGGUCAAUUUAACUAAACUCAGACAAGUGUGUUGUACACGUGUAACUAUUUUUUCUGACUGUGAAAACAAUAUUGAAUUGAGCCCGGGUGCAUGUUAAACUUACGUAGUGUAAGGCUUGCUGAUGGGAAAAAUUUGUUCAAAAUCAAGGCGUCUCUGUUCUCAUAAUGACCCUCUUGAUCGUGCAGUGUUAUAAAGAUAAAGAAGUUGGUGGUUGUUAUAAGAUGAUUACUGUUAUUGAGGCGAUGUGUUUGUCUCCGUAAGGUCUGUUGGAGAAAGGCAACGAGAAGGCCUCAAAACCGAAGAGUGAGAAAGCGCCUACAACAACAGCUAACCACACCCAUGAACCAAAGAGAGCGUCCAAGUCUCCGUCACCAACCAAAUCAUUUGAAAAAAACGUUGAAAUACGCAAACUCAACCAGGAACUGCAGCAGCUCAUUCUAACUGGCAUUCAAUACACAAGAGGACCAAGACGAGUUUCACCCACGAGACAAAUUAGCCCCCCUAAAGAACAACCCGGCCACGAUGGAACACCUUAUAGUCGAGGAGGACCACGCAAGUUUGUUAGCAGGGCUGAGAGAAGGCAUUCAACAGAGUACUUCCAGGAGGACUCUGAUGACACAGUAGCGGACCCUGUAAGCGAUAUUUCCGAAAGGAUGGCUCCUAUACCCGCUACUUCUAUUGAACCUCCUAAUAUAAGCACCUCUGUGGCAACAAGCCCAGAGCCAAUUAAGUCGGUCGGUACUAUGUCAUAUAGCGCUGUGCUCAAGAAUUUAACAUCGGAGACUACGAGGCCUAAAAACGCUGCCGCCGGUGGGAAGCCACCUAAUCAGUCCAAAACAUUUUCACGUCCUCCUCCAGGGUUUUCUCCUCUCCCCACCCACGGUGGGGACACAGAAAUGCGCAUGACGGUCCUGAGUACCAAGUCAAAAACAAAGCAAACCGCGGCAGCUAGCGGUGCGCCACGUAACAACCCAACACGAGCUGACUCCAGCAUGAAUUGGCGGAAUGAUGAACAGAGUACGCAAAGUAGUACGCAACACCAGCCACAACAACAUAGAGCAAACAAUUCGGCACAAUCUGGGCAAGCUGUUAAAUGGCAACGGUCUGUUGAAUCAUCACAAAGCAAACUCCAUCGAACUGCACCCAUAAGGGAGAGUGGGCGAGGUAGAGACACGCCCACCAAGCCUACGGAUUAUUCUAGUUCUGAUGAUUCAUCCGAGCCACCUACCGCUCCGGUACAACCCCACCGGGUGUUCGGCCCCGGGGGACUAAAAGCGUGUGUCAUAUGUGGAAGUAAGGACCAUUUACGGUGUAAUGAACGCUCCAAACUAUUUUUUUGACUGACCAAGCCGUGAAAAAAUGCUGAAGAUGCUGCUUCUAUCCAACGUAUCUACCUGGUAUUUAACGGAGACUUCUGUUACGUGUGGGUUUGUUGCUGUCAAAUAUCCAACCUGUUAAUGUACCUUAUGACACUGACUGUUUGCGACAUUCUCAUUUUCGUUCGUUAAAGUUCAAGAAACUUUGCAAACAGCUCUUUGCAAACAGCCAAAUUAAGUUGCAAACACCUCCUAGAUAAGGUUUUGCAAAACGCUUGAUGUUCCAGUACCACUCGGCAUUACGGUGCAUCAUCUCGGUUUUUUUAUCCUAGUAUAAAAACCUGUUUUUUGCCUACUAUUUAUAAAACUUGCCUGGCCAUCCGGCGUUUGACUCAUGACUCUGACUGAUGUUUGACUCAUCAGUGUAUUCAAGCUUAUUGAAAAAAGGUAUUUUUUAGCUACGUUCACGUAUCGUCAGUUAUCCACACCGGAUGGCUUUUGCGCCGGCGCGAAAACCAGACCGUUCACACAUUGAAAACGGUGAUGUCAGCGCGAUUUCUGUAAUGGACUGAAGCUGCCCCGCCCCGGGCUCUAACGUGGAGAGUUACUUAUCGGAUAGGUGUUCAUACUAUGCCGGAUAGCUUUUGGUGUCGGCAAGAGAAGCUAUCCAGUAUAGCGUGAGAAUAGCCUUAAACUCCGUAAAACCUAGAGGGUGCGAAAUCGUCUCUUCGUUUCACGAUUCAGACCUGGGGCCCGUUUCUCGAAAG